GAGCAUCGCGGUGCGGAAGUGCUGCUACACGUGUUUUACAAGCGCGGUGUUAGCGCUGACAUGCUGAGGACUGGACGACAGGACCAUUUUUUAUACAUUUAUAAGUUUUCCCAUAACAAGCAGGAUACAAAAUGUCGGGGGCCAAAGACAGAAUGCGACACAAGAAAAUGAGAAAUCAGCCUUCUAAUGUUACUUAUUCGCAGUCACAUGAUGGUACAGGUCGCAGCUCCGAUUCUCAGGAGCAGCAGCAGCAGCACAUGAAGGGGUCUCUACAGCACUCCAGCACCUGGGUGACGGGGCAUCAGGAUGAAAGAGUUGUACCUGAGCAGCCUCUGCCCAAGUACAUCACUGCAUCACUCUUUGCCAAAGCACGAGCUGCAGAAGUCAAUGCCAUGUUAAGGGCUGCUACAAAGAUGACAAGUAGCUCCCAUGUGUUUGGAGCUCUGCCAAAGCAUAUGCGCCGAAGAGCCAUGAGCCACAACAUCAAGAGAUUGCCUUGCAGACUGAGAGAGAUGGCACAGAGAAUGUUGGAGAAGAGUCAGCAGACAGGGAAGAAAGAGAAAAAAGAGCAGUCAAAGACCAAAAGUCGACGUGCCCGUCGCCGCCAUGGCAGCUUGUUGCUGGAAUUUAACCGACGGCAGCGUAAGAAUAAAUGGUUAGAGACUCACAUCUGGCAUGCCAAGCGUUUUCACAUGCUGAAGAAAUGGGGUUACUGUCUGGGAGACCGCCCCACAUACAAGUGCUACAGAGCCAGCUAUAGGGCCAUGAAUUCUGGCUGCCUGCUGCAGGACCUCUCAUACUAUUGUUGCAUAGAGCUUCAUGGUCCAGAGGAACACCUACUUACUGCACUCUCCAGACUCACCAACAAAGAUGCAGGCCCAACAUUUGCUGCAGCAUCAUGUGUGUCAGGGCAGAAAGAGGGGAGUGUUAUGCUUUAUAAGGCUGAUCAGUACCCCUGCCAACCUCUGGGUCCUGUGCAAUUUCUCUGGAGACCAUGCGCUACUGCAUCACCUCACAGACAGUUGUGGAUCUGGGCACAUCCCACUUUAAAACAGGAUCUUCUACCAGAAUUGCAGUCAGUAUGCCAUUGCUUUGAAGCAGUGUCUCCAGCUAAUGUAGAAGUGGACCCUUCAGAGAACCUGGUAGAAGAAAGUCUCAUUCCAGCUGCAUCUUCUGACUCUAAGCCACGGUGUGCCAAGAGGAAAUUGAAAGCUGACCAUAAGUUUGGCUGCACUGCCAAAAAAAUUGUGGGGGAUGGCACUCGAUCACUUACAACUCCUGUUAGUUGGACAUCCUGCAAGACUGAGAUUGUGAUCAGUGAUCUCACCAUGGAAAUAGUACGGUAUCGUCUAAUUGGUCCGCUUUCCCACUCUGUGCUGACUCAGAUGCUUGUACCAGCAACUGACUGUGAGAAUAAUAUGGAAAUGACUUCAUCCCAUUUUUGGUGGCCAGAAGAGUGUAAGAAAGAGGAGAGCAUGUCCCUACAUCGCCAGCAAACAGAUAUUUUUCAGCUCUUGAAAGGUAUAAACUCUACGGUUGAGCUUCCAGGAGGGUGUGUUCUAGGGAUGACCGUAAACGACCCAAGACUGUCUUUGUCUGCGAAACGAGGAAAAGUUACAACAGAUUUUUACCAGACCCAAGGUGUUGACGAGGAACAGAGAAGAAAUUUGACACUGAGAGGAGUCCCCUCUUUCUGUGCUCAGAGUUCUCUAUGGGAUAAGUCUGUUCGAGAGAAUGUUACAAACAACAAGAUUUCAGAAAAGGAUCUAAACAAGAUGAAGAGAGAGCUGCUCGUUCCAGGUUCCAGGUUGACGACCCCUGCACAGGGCCGAGUGCCAAUUCUACUGGUUAACCAGGCAGGGAAACAGCUGGGAGAGGAGCGACUUGGUUGGGGAUCCGGUUGGGACUUGCUACUACCCAAGGGUUGGGGCAUGGCAUUUUGGGUACCUUUGGUAUACAGUGGUGUUCGUGUUGGGGGUCUUCAGAUGAGUUUAAAACACUCCCAGAAUAAAGGCACGCCCCACUUUCCUCACAAUUACCCAGACUGCCUUGCAGGUGUCCAUUUUCAGGAGCAGCAGGAGCUCGAACUGCUGGAAAAGUUUAAGAGACACCCACCUUCCAAACGCACAAACUACAUCAAAUAUGGUGUUGUAGCUCCUUUCCGGUGCCCCUGGCAACAGCUGGUAGAGGAAUGGGAGGAGAGAGUGGAACAACAAAAAGGCAACCAAGACACUAGUGAAAUGAAAAUGGAUGAUGUGACAUCACUGUCUGGAACAUCAACUUUUACUGUACUGAGGAGCCGUAAGGUGUUGAGGCAGCUAUCCGUCUGGUGCAGGCCAUCAUCUUCACACACUCGGAGAGCGCCAAGAGGUUCCUGUGCCCCGUCGUUGUGCCCUGUAGUCAGCAUGUCUCUACAGGCACAGUGGAAACGGUGUGUGUUGUGGGUGCGUGUCCGUGCUCUGAGUAAGGGACAGCCUGCGCUUCAUGCCAUGCUUUGUGUGCCCACCACUGAAGACCUGCAACACUUUCGUGAAGACCCCCAUUGGAGUGGCCCUAUGGAGCCGCAACAUAUAGACCACCUAAAACAACAGUUGAAGAAGAGGGGCAAGAGUGGUGAAGCUUCACUAAGCUAUACUGCUCUUGGGCAAGAUAAAGACUGCAGCAUUUCUACAAAGGAUGACCCUAGUUCAGCUUCCAAUAUAGAGAAAAACACUGUUGUCUCUAAUAACAAAUGCUCCAACCCCUCUGAUGUUCUCAAAGAUUCUUGCUCCGAGUCUAUUGUUUGUGUUACAACAGAUCCUGGCCACUCUUCUGUUGACUCACUUUCUGCCACUGGCUGCAGUAACUCAAAUUUAGUGCAUGGAUUGUGGACUGAGCAACCGACCAAUGUCUCAUCUCACUGUUCCCGUAUGACCCUUGGUUGGGUUGUGCAGGGUGAUUUCUCCCUUGCAGCAGGAACUGGGGAGGCUUUAGGGUUUGUAAGCUUGGCGGGCCUCCUGCAAAUUCUUCUUGGGCAAUCAGCAGAUCAGCGGGGCAUCCUGCUUCUGCGCAAUCCUACCUCCCUCCAGUAUCGCUUUGUAAGACUCCAUAUAGAAGCUUGACCUCUGCACCACUACUACUCAAAUGGCUCAGCAUCAAUACCUGUCUUGUGUACCAACACAGGUCUGCAUCUAACUGAUAGUUCUGCUUGAUACAGAUUUGCAUUAAGGGCUUUGGAAUAUUUGCAUGAAUAAAGGCUAGUUGUAUAGUAAA